AGCGUGUCUUCCUGUCGCCCCAAUAAAAAUCCCACCUUUCAGCAAAAUCCAACCCAACCUUCUUCCACCUCCUCUCGGAGCUGCGAAUGUCUUCCCUUCUCCUAAACCCCCACAAAGCCCUUUUCACGGCAUCCUCCUCUUUUCCCCUUCGUUCCGACGUCAAUGCUCAGAUUUUGGUCGCCAGCCGUCGCGCUGCCACUAGAAUCGUCGAUUGCCGGCCGAGAGCCUCCCGUGAUAGCUUCGAGGCAGAAGCACUUCCGGAGACCAACGCCAAGAAGAAGAAUGCGAACAGAAAGAUCAUUCUUUUCGGUUCCUCGCCGCCUCCCCUAUCGGAAGAGAGGAGCGGCGCGGCCGGCAAUGGGAGAGGGAAGCCUGGGCGGGAAGCUUCCUCGUGGGGUUUCUUCCAGAAGUCGUUGAAGAGAGCUUUGGCGGUCCUGUCGAACCUCCCCUUGGCGAUUGCGGAGAUGUUCACGAUUGCCGCUUUGAUGGCUUUGGGUACGGUUAUCGAUCAGGGAGAGGCUCCAGAUUACUACUUCCAGAAAUACCCGGAGGAAAAUCCAAUGUUUGGAUUUUUUACUUGGAGAUGGGUCCUUAAUCUUGGCUUUGAUCAUAUGUUCACGUCUCCAGUUUUUCUUGGCCUGUUGAUUCUACUAGCAUGCUCACUAAUGGCUUGUACAUACACAACCCAGAUCCCUCUUGUUAAAGUUGCUAGAAGAUGGUCUUUCAAGCACUCUGCCGAAGCCAUUCGCAGGCAAGAUUUUGCAGACUCCCUUCCAAAAGCAUCUGUCAAGGAUCUGGGAAUUAUUUUGAUGGGUGCAGGAUAUGAGGUCUUUCUAAAAGGACCAUCUUUGUAUGCUUUCAAGGGAAUGGCAGGCCGAUUUGCUCCUAUUGGUGUGCAUAUAUCCAUGCUUCUGAUCAUGGUAGGAGGUACCCUCAGUGCCGCUGGAAGCUUUCAUGGUUCUGUGACUGUUCCCCAGGGACUUAAUUUCGUUGUGGGUGACACUAUGAAUCCCAAUGGUUUUCUUUCUUUUCCUACUCAAUCCUUCAACACUGAAGUUCAUGUUAACAGAUUCUACAUGGAUUACUAUGAUAGUGGAGAGGUGUCACAAUUUUACUCUGAUCUUUCACUAUUCAGUCUUGAUGGAAAAGAACUGACGAGAAAAACCAUUCGGGUAAAUGAUCCUCUAAGAUUCAGGGGAAUAACAAUUUACCAGACUGAUUGGGGAUUCUCAGCGCUCCAAAUUACAAAGAAUGGUGAAGGUCCUUUCAAUCUGGCUAUGGCUCCCUUACAAAUGAAUGGUGAAAAGAAGCUUUUUGGAACCUUCUUACCUACCGGCGAUGCUGAUUCACCAAAUGUAAAGGGAAUAUCAAUGCUUGCUCGCGAUCUGCAAUCCAUUGUCUUGUAUGAUCAAGAAGGCAAAUUUGCUGGAGUUCGCCGGCCUAGCUCAAAACUUCCAAUCGACAUUGAUGGUACAAGAAUUGUAAUCGAAGAUGCUAUUGGCAGCACUGGCCUUGAUUUGAAGACCGAUCCAGGGGUGCCCAUCGUAUAUGCUGGAUUCGGUGCUCUGAUGCUGACAACUUGCAUAAGCUACUUCUCUCAUUCGCAGAUAUGGGCUUUGCAAGAUGGAACAACAGUUGUGAUUGGAGGCAAGACCAACAGGGCGAAGCUCGAGUUUCGUGAUGAGGUGAACGGAUUACUAGAUGAAGUACCGGAACUUGUUACUAUCGACCAAAAUUUGAAUGGCUGAUAAUGAUUUGCUUCACUUCUGGUGUUGCUCGAUUGGAGUUUUGAUACAAACGGAUUAUCAUUGCGCCUGCAUUCUCCUUUCCCUGGCAAGGAUCCAUGCUACACUGGUUAUCCAGUAAGAAACAACAUUCUAUCUAAACCUGCAACUCCAAGAUACCUGCUCAUACAUUUCAAGUUGCUCUUGUAUAGAAAAAAAACAUUCUAUCUAAACCUGUUAAGCUGUAUAAAUAGAUUGAUUGAGCAAACCAAAAUACAGAGAAUAAUUGUCAUAAAUUGGCUGCUUCA